AUUAUUUAAGAAUGAACGUCUUCGCCCGUUCCGCUCGUGUUGCUGUUGCUGCUGCAAAGCCUGCUCGUUUGGCCAGAUUCUACGCUUCUGAGGCUUCCACCACUGACAAGCUUGCUUUGACCUUUGUCCUCCCCCACAAGGCCAUUUACAAGGCUACCAACGUCCAGCAGGUUAACUUGGCUGCCACCUCGGGUGACAUGGGUAUUCUUGCCAACCAUGUCCCCACAAUUGAACAAUUGAACCCUGGUGUUGUUGAGGUUGUUGAGUCUGCUGAGGUUACAAAGAAGUUCUUUGUUUCUGGUGGUUUCGCUACAAUCAACCCCGACUCUUCUCUCAACAUUAACGCUGUGGAGGCUGCUCCUCUUGAAGACUUCUCGCUCGAGAAUGUCCAAGCUGGUCUUGCUGAGGCUCAGCGUGCCCUUGCCGGAAGCGGUUCCGAGGUUGAGAAGGCAGAGGCCAAGAUCGAGGUUGAGUUCUACGAGGCUCUUCAGUCUGCCUUGACCAAGUAAACAUGGCUCGGUUAUAUGAUCAUCUUACAUACACACAUACGUAUAUAAGUCUAUAUAUAAAGGUGAAGGAGAAGGAGUAAUAUACGGCUUUCAUUAGAGAAAGAAAAAACCAACCUCGAAUUUCAAAAUCAAAAAGAAUUUAAUCUUUUUUGUUUUGUAUUAAAAAAAUCAUUGUAAG